GGAUGUUCACCAGAUGAAAUUAUGUCACAUUGUUUACAAUCAUCAUCUGAUCGUUAUGAUGAAUGCACACGGGAAUUAUGCAGUCGUUGCAUCCUUCAAGCAUCAAUACUAAAUCCAUUUGCUGAUUAUUGUUACUGGAUGAUGUCUUGUCUUUGUGCAGUAACCAGUUGUCAGAAUUUAUCACAAACUGAAUGUUAUUGAAGGUGUAAUUAAUAAGAAAUGAACAUACGGAAUCGUAGGAUUACAACAGUAUGCCGAUGAUAAAAAAAAAAAACAUUUGUGACCGUAUGUGUAAUACCG